AUGGCCUUAUUACAUGAGAGGAUGCUUAUUGAGCAACUCUCAUUGGUAAUAUUAAUGGUGGGAGUGUAUGUGAUGUUAGGGUCUGUAAUUACAACAACAGUAGCACAAGCCUUCCCUCAAGCCCUGCCUGGCUGCCCAGACAAGUGUGGCAAUCUCACAAUCCCAUACCCUUUUGGCAUUGGUGUUAAUUGCUACAUGGAAGGCUUUGACAUCACUUGCGACACAUCCACCGAAUCCCCAACAGCACUCUGGGGCAGCAGCAUCACUGUCACUGCCUUUUCCCUUGAUGAGGCUGAGAUGCAGGUACAGCAGUACAUAGCCCGAGAUUGUUACGACGAGCAGGGUAACAACACGAUUAACAACGACCCUUGGCUCAGUCUGCCGCCUCCUUUCACCAUCUCCGAUACCAAAAACAAGUUCAUUGCUGUUGGUUGUGACACGUUAGCACUUUUCCAAGGUUUUCGUGGUGAAGAAAGCUACAUAACGGGGUGCAUGUCCUUUUGUGAUAGCCUUGGCAGCGUUGAUCAGGACAUUUGCUCCGGCGUUGGAUGCUGCCAAACGAACAUCCCCAGUGGGAUGAAAAAUCGCACCGUGCGAUUGACAAGCAUCAACAACCAUUCGGAUAUAUGGGGCUUUAACCCCUGCAGCUACGCCUUCAUUGUUGAAGAACGCGAGUUCAAAUUCUCCAAUAAAACUUUUGAACAACUUGAUAAAUUGGAAAAUGUUCCAAUGAUUUUGAAUUGGGCAAUUGGGGUUGAGGAAGACCCAUGUGAUGAAGCUCAAAAGAGGCAGGACUAUGUAUGCAAGGGAAAUAGCACGUGUGUCAACCCCAUCAAUCGGUCUGGUUACGUUUGCAAGUGCAACAAAGGUUACGAGGGCAACCCUUACCACCCAAAUGGUUGCCAAGAUAUUGAUGAGUGCAGCUUUCCAAAUAUUAAUCCCUGCACUAAUGGAACGUGCUUCAAUUUACCUGGAAGUCACACUUGUUUAUGCCCCACAGGGUACACAAUCGACAGUGUGAAUGGAACUAGUUGCUUAAAAAACCCUCCACAGGGUACACAAUCGACAUCAAAUAAUAAUUCCCUGAAAAUUUCAGUAGGAGUCAUUGCGGCCUUCUUUGUUCUACUGGUUGUAUUUUUUUGCCUGUACUGCAGAAUGAAGAGAAGACAGCUCAAGAAACAAGAAGACAAGUUCUUUAAACAAAAUGGUGGCUUAUUUUUACGACAACAGUUGGCUAGUUACAAUGGAUCCGUGGAUGCGGCCACAAUCUUUACUGAAGAAGAACUGAAGAAGGCCACAAACAAUUACAAUGAAGAGAGUAAAAUUGGUGAAGAUGGCUAUGGAGUAGUUUACAACGGAAAUUUGUCCGCAGAUCAUCAUAACAAAGUGGUCGCCAUAAAAAAGCCCAAAGUUAAUUCCCCAAUUACUGGGACUCAGAGUCUAGAGUUUGUUAACGAGGUGAUUGUUCUUUCCCAAAUCCACCAUAAAAAUGUUGUGAGGCUCCUUGGCUGUUGUUUAGAGACUCAAACGCCUAUACUGGUUUACGAGUACAUUUCCCAUGGCACUCUUCAUGAUCACAUUCAUAGAAAAGACAACAAAUACCCACGACUUCCAUUGGACUUGCGGUUGAAGAUAGCAGCAGAUACUGCAGAAGCACUCUCAUACUUGCACCACUACACUGAGCCCCCAAUCAUACACCGAGAUGUUAAAGCAAUGAACAUACUACUAGACCAGAAGUACACCGCAAAAGUUGCGGGCUUUGGAGCUUCAAAAUUGGUUCCGGAUCAAGAUGAAGGAAAACUAUCAACUUUGGUGCAAGGGACACUCGGACACUUGAACCCUAAAUAUCUUCAGUCCCACAUACUACCAGAAAAGAGUGAUGUGUAUAGCUUCGGAGUUGUCCUGGUGGAGCUAAUCACAAGCCCAAAGGCAUUAUCCUCAAACAAAAACUCCGAGGUUGGCAGAAACCUAGAAAAAGUCUUUGUCCGCGCGAUGAAGGAGGGCUGCUUGGAUGAAAUUCUUAAUGCUGAAAUAGCCAAGGGAGGGGAAGGGUUUGAGAAAGUCAUUGAAACAGUGGCGGAUCUGGCAAAUAGAUGUUUAAGGUUAAGAGGGGAGGAAAGGCCUUCGAUGAAAGAAGUAGCGGCGGAGCUCAGGGGAUUAUUGAAAAUUAUUGGGAAGGAUUCAGAUGAGGGGAAGGCUGAUUUCAAACUAUCUCCCCAAGAGACCGACCAAGAGACCAAAUACUUGCUUGGGUCACCUGCUAAUUUCGUUGUGGAUAUAAGUAGUUUGGAGUACGAUCACAACAUGCAAACUCUAACGCAUCCAAAUGGUAAAGCCUUAUGUUUGUUUCAAUUCCAGUCAUCAGUGCCUCUUGAAAUAAAAAUUCCGGCAGCUACGGUGGCUGCUGUCGUCGGGGAAGGGACAGAACGGAGAGAGCACGAGACAACGGUUCUAACGAGACCGGUCUUUUCGCCGGAGGUGGCCGGACGCAGCGGCGGCUGGCCAAAAACCGUUCGAAUGAACAUGGUUGCCAUAAAGAAGUCCAAAAUUGGCGUCUCAACUCAGAAGGAGCAGUUUGUUAAUGAGAUGAUUGUUCUUUCUCAAAUCAACCAUAGAAAUGUGGUGAGGCUAUUGGGUUGCUGUUUAGAGACACCAGUGCCUUUACUAGUUUACGAGUUCAUCACCAAUGGCACUCUUUUUGAGCACAUUCAUAAUUCAAAGGACAAGGGAUCACCACUUUCAUGGGAAUUACGAUUGAAGAUAGCAGCAGAAACUGCAGGAGCACUAGCAUACUUGCACUCCUCUACUUCCAUGCCAAUCAUACACAGAGAUGUGAAAACAACUAACAUACUAUUAGAUGGGAAUUACAGAACAAAAGUGUCAGACUUUGGAGCUUCAAAAUUGAUUCCUCUGGAUCAAACUCAACUAACAACUUUAGUACAAGGGACACUCGGAUACUUAGACCCUGAGUACUUCUGUUCAAGUCAACUAAUAGAAAAGAGUGACGUUUACAGCUUUGGAGUUGUCCUUAUGGAGCUACUAACAAGCAAGGUGGCACUUUCUUUUGACAGGCCAGAGAAAGAGAGAAACCUAGCGAGCUUCUUUGUUUGGUCAAUGGAAGUGGAUCGCUUGAAUCAAAUUCUUGAUGAUGAAAUAGUCAAGGAGGGAAAUAUUGGGACAGUUAAAAACGUGGCCGAUCUCGCAAGAAGGUGUGUAAGGUUAAAAGGGGAGGAUAGGCCUACCAUGAAGGAAGUAGCAAUGGAGCUAGAGGGAAUGAGAAUUAUGGCAAAGCAUCCAUGGGGGAAAGCUGAUUGUCCAGAGGAGACCGAGUACUUGCUUGGGUCAGGUAAGUCAGACGCUUAUGUUGUGGAUGUUACAGCUGAUUGUGGUCAUCCUAGUGGUACAAAUAGUGGAUAUGACAGCAUGCAAAUCCAGAUGUUAAUGUCAUAUGGUGAUGGGCGAUAA